AUGGAUACAGAUCCUGUUUCAAAUUCUAAACGAGUUAAGAAAUCUAAAAAGGAUAAAACCUCAAAGAAGCAUAAAAAAGAUCGAAAGCAUAAGAAACAUAGUAAGAAACGAGAUCGUUCUUACGAGGAGCAGAGUGGUGGUAGUAGUACUGAUUCCGGGACUGAGAAAUUCGAUCUCGACAGUGCUAUUUGGGUUGAAAAGCACAUCGAUCUACCUUCCAUUCCGGUUUCUUCACAAGGCUUACUGCAAUCGCAUUCAAACAGACCGUCAUUUAUGAAACCACAAAACGAUGGAAUAUAUGAAUCAUCAUCUGAUGGCAAUAAAUCAUCUCUUAAACGUCCUCGUUCACCAUCUCCGACAAAUAUUACGGAUCAAACUUCUGUAGCUACUACGAUCUCUACAACUUCACAUAUACCUUCUUCAAUACCUCCACCUUCUUUAAAUUCAUCCAUAUUGUCCCCUGAUGAAUUAAAUAAACUACAAGCAAAAGCUUUACGUGCUAGAAUGAUGAAUUUGCCUAACGCCAGUGAGUUAGAAAAACAAUAUGAGAAUGCUAGAUUAAUAGCUGAGAAUAGUUCUAGCGGUGUAGAAUCAGAGACUUAUGUUGAAGUUUUACCAUUAUUGGAUAGUCGAGGAAGACCUUACGAUCUUAGUGGCACUACAUCAAAAUUUUCUCAGCAUGUGGAAUCUUCCCGUCGUAAAAAAGAAAAGAUAGAAACACAUGACGUAACCGGUCAACGAAUACGAUAUUUCAGUAAUGAUGACGAGUUAACAUUGAAUGAUUUGGUACGUCAAGAACGACUAGGAUCGAGGAAGUCGAUGGAUUCACAGGUAGCUGAAAGGAUAGUAGGUGAUUCAAAAUUUGAAGAUGAUUUAGAAUAUAUGGACGAGAAUGCUGAUAGUAUCGCUAAAAUUUCACAAAAAUCCGCAGAACAAACCCGACAUUUUGCAAUUGAAGAUUUUAAAAAAUCAAAGCAAGCUCUGGAAAACUGCAUUUAUUGUCACAAUGACGCUCCACCAAAAGUAGCAGUAGUUUCGAUGGGAUAUAGGGUAUAUCUUGCUUUACCAAAUGUAGUAGAAGUUACUAAAGGGCAUUGUUUGAUUGUGCCUGUUCAGCAUUGUUCAUCUACAUUAGAAUGCGAUGAUGACGCAUGGGAUGAAAUACGGAAUUUUAUGAAAUGUUUAAUACAAAUGUUUGCAGAAGAGGAUCAAGGUGUAAUUUUCAUGGAGACAGUUGUACAUUUGAAAUAUCAAAAUCAUACAGUUAUUGAAUGUAUACCAAUGCCUUGGGACUUAGCCCAAGAUGCACCUGCAUAUUUUAAGGAAGGUAUAAUGGAAAGUGGUGGCGAAUGGUCACAAAAUAAAAAGUUAAUAGACACAUCUAAAACUGGUUUCAGACGUUCAAUGGUUAAGGAAUUACCUUAUUUUCAUGUUUGGUUUGGUUUGGAUAAAGGGUUUGGACAUGUUAUUGAAAAAGAAAAGUCUUUUCCCCGAUGGUUUGGCAAGGAAAUAGUUGCUGGUGUGUGUGAUUUACCACCGGAUGUUUGGAGACGACCUAAAAAACUAAAUCCACAUGAUAAUGGUACACGUGUAUCUGAAUUUAUGAAAAAAUGGAAAAAGUGGGAUUGGACAACAAUGCUUGAAGGAAAAUAA